ACAAAUUAGCCGAUAUUUCUAUGAACUGUAUCGUUUCAGCAUACAGUUCAAACAAAAUGGUUGGUUUAAAAGUGUUGUGGUUAUUUUUAAGCGUAGUUUUAGUAAAAGGAUCGCCCUUUUUCUCAAAUUCGGAAAAUGAAUUAUCGAAUUUACACGAUGCACCACCGGCAGAAAAACACGAAGAACCUGAUGUAUAUCGGCUCACAGACGAAGUAGUACCAAAAUCGUAUGAGCUCAGAAUUGUGCCAGAUUUCGAAAAAUUCAUUUUUACAGGAAGAGUAGAAAUUCAAGUUCAUGCGAAAUUUACGACUAAUAAAAUAAUCCUUCAUGCCAAAAAACUCACGAUUAAGAGUGUGAAAGUGAUGAAAUCAUUGCUGCUGCAGUGUUCGCAUAAACUGGACGAAUCUAACGAUCUGCUCAUUAUUACGACCGCCCAACCAUUGAAUUAUGAUACAGAUUAUACGGUCGUGAUCGACUUCGAAGGUGUGCUAAACGACGAUAUGAGAGGCUUUUACAGAAGUUCAUAUAGUGAAGCAGAUGGCAAAAUUCACUGGAUGGCCACAACUCAAUUCGAACCAACAUAUGCCAGAGAAGCUUUCCCUUGUUUCGACGAACCUCGUUUCAGAGCUUCUUUUACAAUCUACUUAGCACGUUCAAAUGAUCAAAUAGCAAUCAGUAAUAUGCCUUCAGAGGCUCAAUUGCCUCCAGAUUCGCUGAGUGGUAAUCGUCUAUGGGAAAAAUUCGUGCAAUCCCCACCGAUGGCGACAUACCUGGUCGCUUUCAUGGUAACUGAUCAAUACUCAUACAUGUCCGAUGCAGAGAGGAAAAUUCGCGUAUUCGUCAAGAAAAGCGCUGUACAACAAUCGUCUUACGCAUUAAAACAGAGUUCCCAAUUAUUGAAACAAUUGGAAGGCUACACCGGUAUAGCAUUCAAAUUGCCCAAACUAGAUGUAGUAGCUGUACCAGAUUUUAAUGCUGGAGCAAUGGAAAACUGGGGCAUGACAACUUUUAGAGAAAGAUAUAUAAUGUUGAACGAACCAAAUAGCUGCGAACAACAAAAAACAGCAGCCACAGAAGUCAUCAGUCAUGAAUUUGCUCAUCAGUGGUUCGGAGAUUUAGUAACUCCAGCAUGGUGGGAUUUUCUAUGGCUGAAUGAAGGAUUCGCGACGUAUUUUGAAACUUUUGCAGCUGCAGCGAUUGAACCAUUUUGGAAAUUGGAUCAACUAUUUGUAGUUGAAACUGUGCAGUUUGCUAUGAAGCACGAAAUCACAACACAGCGAGCUAUGACUUCGCGCGUGAACAAAUUCAGUCAAAUUAAAGACGCAUUUGACGUCAUCAGCUACGACAAAGCUGGUUCUGUAAUCAGGAUGUUUGAGCACAUUUUUUCACCCAAUAUUUUCCGAAAUGCAUUACAUCUUUAUUUGCAAGAUGGGCAAAAAAAUUACGACGGCACAGUAACACAGAAAGUUUUAUUCGAUGCAUUUGAUAAAGUAACAGGUUAUAGUUCCAUAAAGUUACCACCGCAUUUUUCUGCUUCUGAUAUUAUGAAAACUUGGACUGAAAACAUUGGAUACCCUGUGAUUAAUAUAGCGCGUUGUUAUCACCACGGCGAAGUGACAGUUAAACAGGCCACUUAUAAAUCUCCAAGAGCCCCAAAACCUUUACCUGAUCAAGAAUGGAUAGUUCCAUUGACUUAUACGACUAAAUCUGCACCUGAAUUCUCAAACACCCAACCUACUUAUUGGUCAUUUGCCGGUAAGCCCACAGAGUUGACAGAACGAUUCCCGAAUUCUGACUGGAUUAUAUUCAAUUUACAACAAUCAGGAUAUUACAGAGUGAAUUACGAUUCGAGAAACUGGGAAAUGCUGAUCGAUCAAUUGCAUCAAGAUCCCCAAAAAAUACAUGUUCUGAACAGGGCCCAAUUGAUCGAUGACACCGGCGCUUUUGCUGAUGACGGGAUAUCAAGUUAUUACCUACAUUUACAUUUGUUACAGUAUUUAUCGAAAGAGACUGAUAUGAUUGCUUGGUAUUCUGCGAUCACAUCAUUAAAUAAACUGAUAUCUGAAUCAGAGGGUACACCAAACCAUCCAUUCAUUAAAGAGUACGUACAAAAAUUGAUUCAUACAGCGCAAAAACCUGCGGAUUCCCCAAAAACGCCCUAUGAAAACUUUGGUUUCGAAAUUAAAACAACGGACGAUCACGUCACAAAAAUAGUAAAACCAAUGUUUUUGAACUUGGCGUGCAAGUCGGGUGUAGAACAAUGCAUUCAGCAAUCAUUAGACGAAUACAAGAAAAACGAGGCUGAUCUCAGCAAAAUUCAACCAGAUUUGAAAAAAGUUGUUUAUUGCAAUGCUUUGCGUAAUUCCAAAGACCAGCAAACUGUUUUCAAUAAUUUAUGGAACACGUAUUUAAAAACUGAAAUUAGCUUUGACAAAAAUAUAAUUCUUACGUCCUUAUCAUGCACUAGCGACGAAGGAGUCAUCAAAAAUUUCUUAAAAAAAAUGAUUGAUCCGAAAAACACCGAAGUUCGAAAACAAGAUGCAAUCUUCAUCACUAGAACGUUCACUACGGAAAUACCGACAGUAACAGCAAUACUCAAAAUCCUUAUAGAAGAAAUUCCUCCCAAGAUGGAAAGUGACCAGAGUGGACCUCUAACUCUACAAAACCUCGUCGAUUCAAUUAACGUAAAGACGCCAGAACAAGCACAACUGUUGGAACAAUUGGCAACUAAAAGUAGCUCUCUUAAUCAAAAGAAGUACAGCGAUUUAAUCUCAUCAAUCAAAAGUCUGAACAACACGUCUUCCAAUAAAAUAGAAAAGAGAAUGAAAAUAUCCGAAAGAAUUAAAGAAGAAUAUAAUUCACCGGAUAAGAAACCAGAUAAACCAACAGAAAAACCACCACAGCCAGGUUCUGGUGCUUCUGCUCUAGUUCCCAAAUUAUGGUGGCAUCUAGUCAUUGCCGGCAUUGUUCUGUGCUAUGGGGCACCAAGGCUACGAACAUUGUAAUCGACACAAAAAAUGAAAGACCUUGAAGUGUAACACUUGUAAAUUUGUAUCUUAUGUACAUAGCUUGUAUAUUCGCAAUUGAAUUGAGUAAACAUGCCAGUAAUUCGACGUGCAGUAGUAAAAAGUUUGAAAUUUA